AUGUCACGGUACUACGGAAAUCGUUACUCAAAUAGUCGAACGGGCGCCCCGGUUAGAAGGCAGCCCUCGCUUGUUUCCAAUGUAUCAGGGAUUGCGGACAGUACCAUCAGUUUCAAUACUUUGGUCACAGGCGAAUCGCUGCAACUCUCUCAGUUUCCACAACCACCUCGCUUCACGCCACUGAGCCCAGUGCAAUCGGAAUCGGGUUCUUUCACCACACGGUCUUCUGGUCGCAGGGACGACGGCAGGAGUAUAUACAGCAUGAGCCCGUCCUUGGUAUCAGAACGAGAUAGAGGCUCGCCGUUAACCCAGUCCCCGGUCCCCCCAGUCCCCUCACUGCCCUCACACCGAGCCCUCUCUUCACUAAGAGGCGGGGAUGCUGCCAGUGCCAUUUCCCAGUCAUCGAGGACGCUCUCACCGUACGAUUGGCAUGAGGGGGCAUCGAGCAUUGAUGUCGACGGCGCAGAUGAACGUAUGCUUCCCACAUCCUUCAUCACGCAGCUACUCCAAGAGAAUCCUGAACCCAGCUCUCGCUUCAAUCGACAUGUCUCCAACAACAGCGACGGCUUCAGUGCAAUCUCCGAGUUGACAUAUCCCCCUCCGCCCCAUCGUCAGCCGUUGCCGCCGCCCCGAGGCCCGCUACCCCGACCCACAGGUGGCCGACCAUCCCCCAGCUCCCCUCAUCUCCAUCGGACUGGCAGCCAAAGUGAUUCGGAUACAUUGAUCACAUCGAUUGGGGAUGACCACUCGCGCCCUCUCGGUCGGACACAUGGACCACCUGGGACCCGUCAAGCACCUCCGUCCAGUUACCCAAUGUCAUCCGGGAAAGACCGAGCUUGGGAAGACUUCAGUGAGGCCGAUGAAGACCUCAAGGGAUACAAAUACGCGGACCAGUCGAACAGUGGUCGAGGCAAUGGCACUCCCACCUCCCAGCCUAACUUUGAUGCUCGCGGCCAUACUCAGCACGAGAACAGGAAAUCAAUAUCGGGGAGGAGUUUCGUCUCAUCCCUCAUUUCCCGGUCCCCCAGUACCUCCUCCCGGUCAGUCCGCUCCUUUCGAAGAGCCUUCGACUGGAUGCGCAAACCGUUGCCGCCCGUGCCUGUCAUCCCUCCCAAAUACACACAACCCACGCAGCCAGUCCCUAGGAAUUACGAGGAGGAUCUUGCCCUACCCGAUCUAAUCACCCGCGCUGAUACCUUGUCCAAUCUUUUGGAAAAGGGCUACCAUCCGCACAGAAGUUUGACCUCCAGUUUUUUUACCCAGGGCGACCUAAACUAUCAGCAUCAAGGCCUGACCUCCGGUUUUGAUGACAGUCGUGUUGAUGUUAUGAACUCGGCGCACCGGAAUCAGACGCACCAGAAAGACACCUUGGAUUUUAGAAGCGCCGUGCCUGAGAAUGAUCAGGACCCACCCUCUGGUACCCAUUUCUUUACCAGAAAGCGGAUAUGGUUCCUUGUCGUCCUUGUCUUCGUCGCUUUGGUGGCUGUCGCUGUGACGCUAGGUGUUGUUCUAAGUAGGAAACAGAGCGGAAGCUCACUUCCCAGCUGUUCCGGAAACUUGACUGGUUCUGCCUGCAAUCUCGAUGCUACAUGUGUAUGUACAUCAUCAUCACAACCAUGCCUUCCUCUCGCCCAGCACCUUGUCUCCCUGCAUCCAACCAUGAAUCAACUUUUCAACACCAAUUACACCUUAAAUUCCUUGGCCCUCUCCCUAUGGCUUGCCCAAGGUGACCCCAGAGGGGGUAACUGUGCCUCACAAGCGAUGUUAGUAGACGUCUCACCCUCCCUCUCUGAUUCGCAUCCGAACAGGACGGCAUGGGCGCAAUCAGCACUGCUUUGGAAUGUGGCAGAGUCUGAAGAUUUGGAUACCGUUGGGGAAAUGCGCAACUUCGUCAUCAAGGCGCCUUGGAAAGACUUGGAAUCCAGCGACGGCCCUAUUAGCUCAGCGGGUAGUUCAUUCUCGACGACGGGAUCCGGUUUCCUCUUUGAUUUCGCUGCCCAAACGGUUGCACCAGCCGCUUCUGUGAGCUUCGAGGAUGAGGGUCAACCAACUGACGCACAACGUCAACGGGUUGGUACCGUCGCGCAGGCCGUUUUGGAUCGCAUGUACACGUUCUCGUCAGCUGCAUCCACGCAAAAGUCAAGGGCACUCGAAAACUACUGGUUAAGUGUCCUCCAACAGACCCCUUCUGACUUGGCGGUUUUCCUAUCGGUACUCAGUACAUCCCAAAUACUUCUUCCCUUCAAUGCCGCAACUUCGGGAGACGGCUCCGUUAUCUCCCUCCUCCCCGAAGCUCCUUCAUUUCCUCCCCCAAUCGCGUGUUAUCCACGCCUAACGACCACGCAAAUACGAAACAUCAAUCUUCUUGAAACAUCAAUAUUCAAUUUACCACCAGUCACCCCACCUUCGUCAUUCCAAAGCUCUUGUUUUCCCGAUCGGCCUGUAUAUGGUGUCCUCGACGUUCUGAGGCUACGCUUGCCAUUUAUAGACUCCAGAACAGGAGAUAUUGCUAGGCAAGCUGUUGUCCUCAAACAAGAAGCAUCUCCUCGAGUCGUUGCUUAUACCAAUGAGGCACUGGCUGCUCUUCCCUUCGGUGAUGGUGUUUCUCCCAAUACCAAUCCCCUCAAUUACGGCGCCCUUAAUAACUUCAAACAUGUCGUCUUCCGAUAUCUUUCCUCUAUUCCAGAUGUUAAUGUUGCGAUCGAUUUUGCGCGAUUUGUGCUGUCGCGCGUAGCAACACCGCCGAGCAACAACACCAGCCCACAGCUUUUGGCGGCCUUGUCUCGCUUGCCUCCUAUGGAGGUCGCUGUCUUCGGUGCUGUCACGACUGACGAUAUCGACUCGGUGCUGUCGUCUUUUGGGAGUCCCUCUGGUUCACUAUUCUUCGGCUCGGAGGAGGCUUUGGCGGUUCGUCAAUGGAUUAUCGGCGCUGGGCGGAGUGUCGCUUGGACGGAAACAGCGACGUCUCAGCUGAUAGUCCGGGAUUCCUCUUUCACAGAUUCUGUAUUCAACCAAACAUGGUCGGCGGCAGCAGCCCGCCUCAACGACGCCAAGGUCGCCGACGUUGUCGCUUCAUUCACCUCUACAACUAAAUUCACGCCGCAGUGA